AUGGCCAAAUCACGGUUUGAGUAUGUGCGCGAGUACGAGGUGCAUGACACGCUGCUGCCCGAGACGUACAUUGUGGUGCGUAUCGAUGGAAAGCACUUCCAUGAGUUCUCGCAGCACUACUCUUUCGAGAAACCAAACGAUGAGCGGGCGUUGAAGCUCAUGAAUGCUAGCGCGAAGAACGUUGUGAUGGCGUAUUCCGGUGACAUCAUUUUGGCGUUCGGGGAGAGCGACGAGUACUCAUUCAUUCUGCGCAAGGACAGUACCCUGUUCAGGCGACGCAGGGACAAGCUGAGCACGUUGUUUGUGUCGCUGUUUACCGCGCAGUACGUUGCAUUGUGGCCCAAGUUCUUCCCGGAGCAGCCGCUCAGCCAUAAGCGGCUGCCGUUCUUCGAUUCGCGCUGCGUGUGCUAUCCUAACACGACCGUUGUGAAAGACUACUUGUGUUGGCGCUACGUAGAUACACACAUCAACAACCUGUACAACACCGUCUUCUGGAAUUUGGUAUUGAAGUGCAACCUGACGCCGCGCGAAGCAGAGCAACGCCUCUCCGGCACCUUAUCCAGCGACAAGCAGGAGAUACUAUUCAGUGAGUGCGGCGUCAACUACAACAACGAGUCCGAGAUGUUCAAAAAGGGCUCCUUGAUCAACCGGAAGGGAGAAAUCAUGCAUAUCGACGUGGUGAAGCAAAUAGAUGAGCUAUUUGCGGGUUUUUAA